AGCCUGAUGGCGUCUGCUGCUAGCAGUCGGCGGCAGCACCCGGGUCAAACAUGGUGGCAGCAGCCGGGGCUGUCACUGCCUGCAUACUGCUUCAGUAUCUGAUUAUUACUACUAAACCGUACACUAGCUAAUCCCCGCUGUCAAUAUCUAUCUGUCAACUACUGUCACUACCUUGAGCGGUCUCCGCGUUAUAUCGGACCGUAUCUGCACGUAUCUGUCUGUCAAAGCAGAAGGGUCUUUCUAUAUUCCUAAGCAACACCGAUAACCAGUGAGCAACUGUACUCUGUUAACACAAAGAGCAUCGGCCACAUUCCGGCCCGGGUAACAUGUCUAGAUAUGUAUGUGUGUGUAUGUGUGUGUGUUUAUCUUACACUUGUUUUGAAUGUUUUGAUUCCCCAGAGUACCAGCAGGCCAGUACAAAUCACUACACAGACAAAUCGUAUACUAACACCGCUACUGUCAGUGGCCACAGCACCAUCUCCCAUCAGCGGUCUUCGACACGGUCGACGGCAAGUGCCGGGUACGAUCACACCAAAGUGAAGGAGUACUACAGAAGACAUCAACAACACACCGGUACUACCGCCGAUCAGCAUCAUGCGUACAGCAGCAGCAGCCGUGAGAGCAGCAGGCAAACGACCUUCGAGCAUCGUCGAUCGUUGCGUGCCUCUACGGGCAGCAGCAGCUACCACCAUCUUCACAGUAGCAGCAGCCCGUACUAUUACGGUUCCAUGCAGGGGCUUGGCCACUUGAGCCACGGUGAAUCGUCGGGUCGUGAUGUAACAACCUCUUCAGACGUUGCGGCGAGACAGCGUCGCAACUACCUCUCUCACUACGACCGGUUGACGACGACGACGACGACCGGCACAACGAUGCGGAAAUCGCCGACCGUAGCGGACCAGCAGCAGCACCAGCAGCAGCAGGGUUUCACGAAGGUGGAGCGAACGGAAUGGCGUUCACGCGACUGGGCCCGCAUCAAGCGAACUAGCCCGACGGUGAUGCCACUUACCGAGACGAUGGAGGAUGAUACGGCGACAAGCGGCCGUCACUCCGUUGGUGGUGGCAGGGGCAGCAGUAGCGGUGGUGCCGUGCAAGCAACCACCAGCACAACGGAAUCGGCGGCGACUACGACUCGCGAAGAAUCCAAAUCCCAACGCACCGCCCAGCUUCAAGUGUCCACCGAGAUGAUGGACCGCACCACCACCACCACCGUCGGUGGUAAACGAUCCCAAACCUACCCGUACCACUACCGGAUGGACACGUUCGCAACGACGUUGUCCCGUGGCCACGACAGUCAGACAGUUCACAGCUCGCUCGAGAUGUACCAACCGAUCGUGCAGACGGUGUUGCGCGAUCGGCUGGUCAAGCGCGGCUCCAACCUGCUGCUGGUCUGCUCGUUCUGGGGCGUCAACUGUGAGAUCGAGUGGGUGCACAACUACACGAAGCUGAGCAGCGGGGCCAAGUAUCGGAUCUCGCGCCACCAGGGCAUGAGCAUACUGGAGAUCUACGACAUCACGCACCAGGAGGCGGGCAUGUACAAGUGCGUGGUGCGGAACGAUUGUGGCGAGGACGUCACGAACUGUUGCAUUCUCGUGCUGGACCACAUACGGCUCUCGUCGACGAAGCAAACCCGACCGGACCGCCACACGCUGACGAGACGGUUUUAGGCACUCCCCGCAGAAGUAGAAGUGGGAGCAGAAGCUGGAGUGUUUGUGUUUAGAUAGCACCAUUUAGUCCGUAACCGCUGCCUGUGUGUCUGUGUGUGUGUGUCAAAUUCCCAUCGAAUGUAUGUGUUUCCAUGUUUG